UUUCUAUCGCUAAGGGAUAGGAUCGAAACUCGGCCACACGGGGGUAGGUUUUGUGACGAUAUUGAUUUUCCGUCGUCCCCCUCCCCCUCUUGCGGAGGAAGACUUUUCACCCAGAACGCCCCUGAGUGGAAAUGUGCGAGGGUUUGUGAGGGCGAGGAGACUGGAAAAGUGAUCGGGAUGCGGGAAAUCCUGUCCAUGAUUUGAUCCUUCACGGUUGUGUGCCACUCUCCCUGGGUACUACUGAGCUGAGAGGACAUGUCGGACCAGGAUAACUACGAUGACGAGCUCGUCUCGUCAAACCCGAACCAGAGGAAUUGGCGUGGGAUUCUCAUAGCGAUGCUCGUCAUCAUGUCUGUCUUGGCUCUCAUCGUAACAUCCGUGGUCCUCCUCACGCCUCCUGACAACGGGCCCAGGGUUAAGGCCGGAAGGCUGAAGCUGCAGGAGAUACUGAGCCACGAACUCACACCGCUCAGGUUCAACGGAUCUUGGAUUGCAGACGACCAACUUAUGUACAAAGAUGAAAAUUCCAACAUUGUUGUGUUGAAUGCUGUAAACUUGACGACUAAAGUUAUCAUGCCGAGUCAGACAUUUAGGCGUUUCUCCAUUGUGAAGUUCACGAUGUCACCCGAUGGUAAGUUCUUGCUCCUGGUCCACAACACAAAAAAGCUCUUCAGGCAUAGCUUUCUCGCUCAGUACACGGCUUACGACGUAUCAAGCGGCCAGACGUACCCGGUCACCGUGUCGGAACGACAUGAGGAAAAGCAGUUCCUCGUACACGCUCAGUGGUCGACCCGGGGCAACGGUCUCCUCAUCGUCCUCGACUACGACAUCUACUUCCGGCCGAACCCCAGGAGUCAGCAGGUCUACAGGAUAACCAGCACAGCGGUGCCGGGACUGGUUCAUAAUGGCGUGCCCGACUGGCUGUACGAAGAGGAGAUCCUCGACGACAACAAGGCCAUGUGGAUGUCGAAGGACGCCCGGCUUCUUCUCUUCGCGAGCUUCAACGACACUCUAGUCCAAGAGUUCCAGUUCCCUUGGUACGGCGUGGACAAGGACACACAGCAGCUCUACCCGGAAAUAAGAAAGUUGAGGUACCCUAAACCUGGAACGACGAACCCACACGUCACCCUGUACAUUGCCGAUCUAGCCGAUCCCAAGAAUAUCAAAAUAAAAGACCUCAAAGCUCCAAUGGCUCUCGGCCAAACAACGGAUUAUUACUUCAAUGGUGUCAGUUGGGUGAGUGCUACGGAGGUGGCAGUCGUCUGGAUGAACCGAGCGCAGAACAUUUCCAUGGUUACGCUUUGUAAAAAUCCGAUGUGGUUCUGCCAGGAGACCCAAAGAGUGUCCGGAAUGGGGAAGAGUUGGGUCGAGGCACCUCCUCCGCCGAUUUUCAGCAACGACGGCAACACUUAUCUCACGUUGGCUCCUGUGAAAGACGGCAGUGCAGGCUUUUUCAGGCACAUCGUCUCAGUCAACAUACCGAAGAAAGGGUUGCUACCGAUCACCCAGGGGACGUUCGAAGUCGUCAAGAUAGUCUCAUGGCACCUACAGAAUCACGUCGUGUACUACCUGGCGAUUUACCUCUCUCAGCUUCAUCUCUACUCUGUAAAGAUGGAGAACAACUCGAAACCAUUGUGCCUGAGCUGUCCGAAGGCAGGACUCGGGACCGAACCGUCUCGUCCUGUCCAUAAAACUCCUCAAUCACAGGAAUCGUCCUUACUCGACGACGCGGACUACGAACUACCGACGACAGAAGCGCCGCCCAAGCCCAAAAAGAAGAAGGAGGAGGAGCCACAACAUGUCGAAGAACCCUUGUACAGAGAGUGCUUGUACCACAACGCCAUUUUCUCUCCCAAUUCGACCUACUACGUCCUGGAAUGCCUCGGACCCGGUAUCCCGACGGUCUGGCUCUACAAAACCGACACGGGUUGCAUUAUGAACCUCCAGAACAACUCCAGAUUGUACGACCGCGUCUCUAAAGUCGCUCUACCGCAGGUGAGGACGUUCCCCGUCGAAAUAUCAGGCGGGUAUCAAGCUCAGGUGAGGCUAUUCUUGCCUCCGGGUUUGAGAGAGGGCGAAAUCACCAAGUACCCUCUCAUACUCCAAGUAUACGGAGGCCCCGGGUCACAACUGGUCACCGACAAAUGGAAAAUCGACUGGGGCACCUAUUUAGCUUCGACCCAAGACAUCAUCGUCGGCUAUAUCGACGGCCGGGGCACUUCAGGAAAAGGGUACACCCUGACACACCAGGUUUACAUGAAAUUGGGCGCCGUCGAGGCCGCAGACCAGCUCGAAGUAACAGAGUAUCUUCGAGAUAAUCUUCACUUCAUCGAUAAAAGGCGUGUCGGCGUCUGGGGCUGGAGUUACGGCGGGUUCGUUGCUGCGAUGCUGCUCUCGUCACCGGGCCAGCAGGUCUUCCAGUGCGGGGCUGCCGUCGCUCCGAUAACAUCCUGGCGCCUUUACGAUUCCGCGUACACGGAGCGCUACAUGGGGAUGCCCAAUGUCACAGGCAACUACAAAGGCUACGAGGAGGCGGAAUUAUCGAAAAGGGUAAACGGGCUGAAAGACAAAAGCCUCUACCUCGUCCACGGCACCGCAGACGACAACGUCCACCUCCAGCAGGCGCUGCACUACGCCCGGGCCCUGUCCAGCGCCGGCAUCGUCUAUUCGCAGCAGAUCUAUCCAGACGAGAACCACAGCCUGUCAGGUGUCAAAAAACACCUCUACCGCUCCCUUGAGAACUUUUUCAACAACUGCUUCAGAAAGCAAGUGCCGCAGGAGUCAAAGGCCGGGCUCAGAAACGGAGGAGCCGAAUGCGAUGUUUGCAGCUCGUAAUGGUUAGAAGAGUCGUUUUUCCUGCUUCGCCAUUUGUAAAUCAAAGAGAGAGAAAACGAAACAGGAUUUGGAAUUGAUUAGAGAAAACAAGUCUUUAGAAAACACAGUUUUUAUGAAAGUUUUAAAAAGGCAAAAUCCACCUGUUUUAUAUUUAAACGAAAAGCACUAUCUCUAUAAAGUUUUAACAACAUUUUUGAAAUUUUUUCUAAUAAUAGUUUUAUCUUAGUGCCUAGAAUCAACUAAAAAAACACUUUUCUUCUGAGAUAAUGAAAUAUUUACAAGAUAGAAUCUCGACAAUUAGAGUAGGGUAAAAAAAAGAUAAGGGGAAAAUUUACCCCAGUUUUCACAUGCAAAAAAAUGGUUGUACUAUCGCCAAGGUCGUGUACUUUUAUGUUUUUGGGGUCCAAAAAUUUUAUUAGAAAUUUUAAAAGUUGUUUGUAAUAAAAAGCUCAAAAAAAU